ACCACAAGCGAAAUGUUACACUCAAAAAUAAAAAAAUGUGGUGCCUUCUGCCUCUGCUACUUCUCGGUUCUGUAGGUGCAGAUCCACCUCAUAAUGACUUUACUAUCAUCAACAAGCCAAAAACAGAGAGAGUCGUUGGAGGUGAUGUAGCCAGACCUAACAGCUGGCCUUGGCAGAUCUCCCUGCAGUACACCUACCCAAAUGCAGGAGGCUGGGGUGUUACAUGUGGAGGCACCCUGAUCACUCUCCGCUGGGUCAUGACAGCGGCACACUGUGUGGAUUUUGAUGACGGGUCCAUCUACAGAGUAGCUCUGGGAGAGCACAAUCUCUAUGUGGAGGAAGGGACUGAGUAUUACAGAGAUGUUGAUCAAAUCAUCAUACAUGAGAAAUGGGAUGGCUCUCUAGCUAGAGGGUAUGACAUCGCCCUGCUUCACUUGGCUGUACCUGCCUAUGUCAGUGCCUAUGUAAAGACUGCAACUCUGCCUCCUGCUGAAGCAAUCCUCCCCAGUGGAUACCCCUGCUACAUCACAGGCUGGGGACUGACUGAAGACAGAGGAAGUCCUUCUCCCGUUUUGCUCCAGGCUCUUCUCCCAGUCGUUGACAUCCCUACGUGUGCUACCCGGGAAUACUGGGAUUACUACGCCCAGAAUAACAUGAUCUGUGCAGGAGGAGAUGGAAAUCUGGCUGGAUGCCAAGGCGACUCUGGGGGACCACUGAAUUGUGAGGUGAACGGAGUCUGGCAGGUUCACGGUAUUGUGAGUUUUGGGCCUUAUAUCUGUAAUCUCUACAAGAAACCGACAGUCUUCAGCAGAGUUUCCGAUUACACCGAAUGGAUCCGAAAUACAAUGGAAAUGAAUGGAGGUGCCUAACUGUUUUGUGACUGAAGUUGAAUAAAAAAAAACAAUAAACAUUCUUCAUUAAACUCC